AAAUUCACUGCAAUUCAUGCUCAUCUUUUCUAAUAAUAAGGAAGAAUGUCAAAAUAUACAGGUAUGAACACAGAGCAAUUCUGUUCAAUAAUUCAGGCACAUGCAUUGAAAGUCAUUUCUAACAUAAUUGAAUAAUUAAGUGGCUGAUAUUACAUAUUUUAAAACAAAUGAACACAAUUUUCAGCAUGUGCCUUUAUGUUGAUGUUUUUAAUAUGGAAAAAUGAACCUAGUGUGACCAUAGAAGUAUAUGAUGAGACACAUCAGUCAAUAUAUCCUAAGGGAUCACUACAUAAUGACAGAAGAUAGCCUUUUAAAAGAAAAUAAACUUUGCUCUCAAAAACCAUACUGAGAUUUAAAGGGUUUGCUCUUCUUCUGUGUUAGAAAACUAAAGUAUAAAGGCAAGCUUACUUUUAUUAGCUUUUAACCUGCUCUGAUAUACUUCAGAAAAUCUUAUAUAAUUUUCUUAGGAAAUAAAAUAAUAGUAGAUGAGUCAAUUCAGAUAAAAGAAUGAUAAUCAAAUAUUUUAAAUGAUGAAAUUUGAAUAAUUUCCUUUGUAGACUCUUCUUCAAAAUUAACGAUCUCAAUUUUCAGAAACCAAAGAGGUCACUAAGGACCAUUGGUAGGAGACUGAAAACAAGUUCACCCAUCCCAGGCUUUUGGGGUGGAGGUAAGACUGGAAUCAAUAACACUUUUCCUCUAUGGCUUGCACAACUCUUGUAAGAAGUGUAAGUCACAGCUCACCUCAAAUGCCUCCAAUUCUAAUAAGGAAACUGUGCCUGCACAUAUGGAAAAAAAAAAAGCAAAGCCAUGUAGAUUAUACAAAAGUGAUUCUAGAUUGUAUUGGGUAUACAAAAUAUGCUCGAGGAUUCAGAAAAUGGAGCUCAGUGUUGUCCAGGGCAUUUAGUUAAAUUUUUAUUAAGUAAUAUUAUAUGCAAGCUAUGCUUUACAUAAAGAGGGAAAUGAUAUAGAUAUCUGGGCAAAAAUCCACAGGAAAAAUGGCAUUGACAAAGUUUCAGUGAUUAUGGUGAUGGGUGUGACAGUUGAAAAGGAACAAGAGAGGUAAGUAUGUAUGUAUAUUUAUUUCCUUAGAAUUCCAGGUAGUUUUCUUUAAAGACGAUGGCCCUCUCCUUAAUCCUUAGUGAUCUCCAUGCAGUUCCUGAGAUAUAAAUUUAACACUUCUGUUGUGUGCUCUUUCCAAACAUUCACUCUACGGGGAGAGCAUUGAAAACUUCUUGUUCAGUUAAAAUAUAUAUGUGUGUGUGUGAAACUUGAUUUUAAGUUUAUUUUAAGGAUUUUUAAUAGAUUAACACUGAAAUUAUUUACCAACACUUAAGAAAACAUGGGCACACUACAUUUGUAAACUUUUCUUGCAUAAAUUCAUAGACACCAACCUCUUCCACUGUAAGCAACCUGCCUGGAAUUAUCAAAAUAUUCUUGGAAAUCCUGAGUUUCAGAGUAGAGGUCAUAAAGACAACGUUUUAGGGGAAUGAAUGUUACUGCAUGUGUUCCUGUAUCCUAGAGACAGCAGGGUAAGGGUGAAGAAGAUUCUAUCCUUCUUAUAAAACGAAAAAUUUGAAGAGAAAAUUACAUAUACUCUAAACUAGAAUCUUACAUCUCCAUAAUUCCUAUCUCAGCAGAGAAGGCAGAAAUGAUUGAGGAUAACCAUUCCUUGACAACGGAGUUUAUCCUCACAGGAUUUACAGAUCACCCAGAGCUGAAGACCCUUCUGUUUGUGGUGUUCUUGGCCAUCUAUCUGAUCACCAUGGUGGGGAAUCUUGGUUUGGUGGCACUGAUUUUUAAGGAGCGGUGUCUUCACACACCGAUGUACGUCUUUCUGGGCAACCUGGCUCUGAUGGAUUCCUGUUGUUCCUGUGCCGUCACCCCCAAGAUGUUAGAGAACUUCUUUUCUGAGGACAGAAUGAUUUCCCUUAAUGAAUGCAUGGCACAAUUUUAUUUUCUCUGCGUUGCUGAAACUGCAGACUGCUUUCUCCUGGCGGCCAUGGCCUAUGACCGCUAUGUGGCCAUAGGCCACCCACUGCAGUACCAUACCGUGAUGUCCAGGAAACUCUGCAUUCAGAUGACCACAGGGGCAUACAUCGCUGGAAACCUGCAUUCCAUGAUUCAUGUAGGGCUUCUGUUUAGGUUAACUUUCUGUGGGUCUCAUCAAAUCAAUCACUUUUAUUGUGAUGUUCUUCCAUUAUACAGACUCUCCUGUGCUGACCCUUAUAUCAAUGAAUUGAUGAUAUUUAUCUUUUCAGGGUUAGUUCAAGUCUUCACUAUUUCCAUAGUUUUGAUCUCUUAUCUCUGCAUCCUUUUCACGAUUUUCAAAAUGAAAUCCAAAGAAGGAAGAGGCAAAGCCUUAUCUACAUGUGCAUCCCACUUUCUGUCUGUCUCAAUGUUCUAUGGUUCUCUUCUCUUUGAGUACGUUCGACCAAGUUCAAUUAAAGAAGAGGAUAAUGAUAUAUCCGUUGCUGUUUUUUAUACUCUAGUAAUUCCUUUAUUAAAUCCUUUUAUUUAUAGUCUAAGAAAUAAGGAAGUAAUAAAUGUUAUGAAAAAAACUAUGAAGAAAAUUUCUUAA